AUAGAAUUACCAUAUCAUGCAGAAUAAACCCAAGGUAUAUAAGGUUGACUCUUGAACACCAUAAGUAUUAGGGGCGUUGUCACCCAUUCAGUUGAAAAUCCAUAUAUAACUUUGACUCCUCCAAAAUAUAAUUACUAAUAGCCUACGGUUAACUGAAAGCCUUACCAAUAACAUAAGCAGUUGAUUAAAAUGUUUUAUAUAUGCCUUAUAUAUUAUAUUCUUACAACAACACAAGCUAGAGGAAAGAAAAUCAUAAGGCAGAGAACAGCAUUUAGUGGAAAAAAAAUCCUUGUAUAAGUGGGCCCGUACAAUUCAAACCCAUGUUGUCAAGGGUCAACUGUACUCAUACAUAUAUACCCAGAAGAAUCAAAAGUAGGGAUUGGAACAGAUACUUGUACACUAAUGUUUUUGUGUGUACAAAAACUUACUAGAGCAGCAUUACUUUUGGCUUCACAAAAACCAAAAAGUGGUAACAAUCCAAACAUCCAUAAACAGAUGAAUGGAUAAACAUCUUAUCCAGCCUUAAAAAGGAAAUGCAAGUGGCUCAGAGAAGUAGAAUGGGGGUGAAAUCGGACAUGUUUCAGAUAACACUGUACCUCACCUUCCCUGUGACUAUGUUCUGGAUUGCCAAUCCGGCCCAGUGGUUUGAGGACCUCAUACAGCAAAAGAAGGAGCUGUGGCCACCUGAGGAGAACCAGUGCCAACAGCUAGAAGAUUUCAAAGGGAAAAUAAGGAAGCAACAGGAGAAGCUCCUUGCGGCUGCCCAGCAGAGCUACUGAGACCCCCAAGUGCCUGAGUCCCACCCAUGAAACAAUACAAUUCAGUUCUGUUUCUCAUGAGGAAAAAAAGGAAGGAAAUUCUGAUACACACUACAACAUGAACUUUGAAAACAUGCUAAAUAAGCCAGACACAAAAGGACAAUGUUAUGAUUUCAUUUACAUGAGGUACCCAAAAUAUGCAAAUUAUAGAGACAGAAAGUAGAAUAGAGGUUACUGGUGGGGGUGGGGGUGAAUGGGGAAUGAGGAAUUACUGUCUACAGAAUUUCUGUUUGAGAUAAUGAGUAAGUUCUAGAAAUGGAAAGUGAUAAUGGUUGCACAACGAUGUGAAUGUGCUUAAUGCUAUUGAAUUGCACAUUUAAAAAUGGUUAAAAUGGUAAUUUUUAUAUAAUGUAUAUA